GGCCCCUCUAGGGCUGAAGUUUUCUCUGGGCCUGUGGGAGCUGGGCGGGGCCUCGUCUCUGGCUGGGCUCUAGUUUCCGUGGAAACCCACAGGCUUCCCACCCCAGCGCUGCCUGGGCAGGCUCCCAGCUGGGGCCUCAUCCGCAGCCAGCCUCUCCUCCCGAGUCCAGUCCGCUCUACCUUGGCCUCUCUUGGUCCCCUCCCUGAGUCCCCAUCCCCAAGCCAAGCCUCUGGCCUCCUGCACUGGCCUCUGAUGCCUUCAGGAACCUGGGCCUCCUGCCUCAUUCCUAAACUUUAGCUUCUCAGCAAACAGGCCUCCCAAGCUCUUGCCCCUCCUUCUCGGGCCUUUCUAGCUCCUCACCAGCUUUAGGGCUCAACCAGGCCUCCUGCUCCUUCCACCUACCGCCUCCCACGGACCAGCAGACAACAGGCCUCCUAGGCUGUUCCUCCUGCUCACUCCCCUGCCCUACCCCACCCAUGGAGACCCCAGGACUGACUGUGCACGGGGAGGCUGCGCCCUUUUCCACAGCACUCCGAAGCCUCGUCAACAACCCCCUAUACAGUGAUGUUUGCUUUGUGGUCGGUCAAGAACGGCAGGAGGUGUUUGCCCACCGGUGCUUGUUGGCAUGUAGAUGCAACUUCUUCCAGCGACUUCUGGGCUCAGAGCCGGGCCCCGGGGUGCCUAGCCCUGUGGUGCUGAGCACCGUGCCAGCUGAGGCCUUCCUGGCAGUGCUGGAGUUUCUGUACACCAACAGUGCCAAGCUGCACCGCCACUCCGUGCUGGAGGUGCUGACGGCAGCUGUGGAGUAUGGGCUGGAGGAACUGCGAGAGCUGUGCCUGCAGUUUGUGAUGAAGGUGCUGGAUGUGGAGCUGGUUUGCGAGGCCCUGCAGAUUGCCGUAUCCUUUGGCCUGGGACCGCUGCAGGAGCGCUGUGUAGCUUUCAUAGAGGCCCACAGCCAGGAGACCCUCCGGACCCGUGGUUUCCUGGAGCUGUCGGCACCCGCGUUGCUGCUCCUGCUGCGCAGCGACAGGCUCUGCGUGGAUGAGGCCGAGCUGGUCCUGGCAGCCCGGAGCUGGGCGCGCGUGGGCGCGGCGGUGCUGGAGCGGCCUGUGGCCGAGGUGGCGGCCCCGGUGGUGCGGGAGCUGAGACUGGCCUUGCUGGCUCCGGCAGAGCUGAGCGCCCUGGAAGAGCAGAACCGGCGGGAGCCGCUCAUCCCGGUGGAACAGAUCGUGGAGGCGUGGAAAUGCCAUGCUCUGCGGAGAGGGGAUGCGGCCCGGGGCGCCCCGUGCCGCCGCCGGAGGGGUACCCUGCCCCGGGAGCAUCAUCGCUUUCUGGACCUGCCCUUUAAGUGACCAAACGCCGCGACUUGCGAGGAAUUCUGGGCCUCUCCUAAACUACAGCUCCCAACAUGCUCCGCGCUCGGAGCGGGUUUCCGCUCCUAGAAUGCCCGGCUAGCGGGGCGCAGGAGGGGCGGCAGUCUGACACGCGCAGGCGUUGUGGGUGAGGUUCCGGGGGAGGGCGGGCCUGAGCGGCGCGUCAGUGGGCUGAGCCUUGGCUUCGAGGCCCUCGCGAGGCCGGGAAGUGGGUUCCCUCGCGCUGUGCUCUGGCGUUACAGCCGGCCCUUGGGCACUCUCGCCCACCCUGUUUACUCUUUUAAUUCCCACAUAUCGUUUCAGCUCAGCCCCUUCUUUAACUCCAGACCUGCCUCCUGACGAUCUCCCUCUAAAUGUCCCACAGACACCUCAGACUCAAUCCAAAAUUGACCUCGCCCAUCAUCUUUCUCCAGUUUUGCUCCCAUCGUGUUUCUCAUCUCCGUGGGUGCCCAAGCCAGAAGUCUACCGCUCAUCCUUGCUUUAUUCCUCUUCCUCACAUCUGCCUCCCGUGGCUUCUACCUUUUAAGAGACUGAAACUUAGCAGAAUAUGCCACCCCAAAAUAUGCCUUUUUGUCAUAAAGUUAUUUUAAGCUGAUUAUUUUGAGAAAAGGGAGAAGUUUUGAAAACAGAGAAGUUACCCUUUUGUAAGGGAAGUUUUUAGAAUGGAAAUCUCCAUUUGUAAGGGUGUCUCCCUGUCUGUACCAGGAUGACUAACUCACAGAAGAAUCUUCCAGUGAAGUCAGUGAAAUCUGCUUAAUAAACCUUAUCCUUGCUUUUGGUGCUUUUUCCUGAUGGCCUUCCUAUAACUGGCCUCCCCACAGUUUUCUUUCUCUUGUUGUUAGCUGAAGGAGGUAUUUAAGCAGGUAUUUUAGGCCACCUCAGGGAGUUACUCAUUUUCCCCUGGGUAUCUCCCAUGUAUACAUGAGAUAUACAUGCUAAUAAACUUAUGGGGGUUUUUUUUGUUUUCUCUUGUUAAGAUGUCUUAUUACAAAGGUCUCAGCCAAGAGCACAGAGAGGAGAGAGAAAAUUAUUUUUCCUCUCCUACAAGAUCUUUUCAGUUGGUUCAGUUCUCUCAGCCCAGUUCAGCCAGUCCUGUCUGUGGCGGGAAUCACUGCCACAGGCUCUUAUUAAUCCUCCUGCCUUCACUCCAGCGGCGACCCCCUCCCCAACCUGUUCCCACACUGCUGCCAGACCUGUGUAAGAUUGUCAGCCCUACUCUCCUUAUUAAGUUCCUCAACAUUCCCACUGCCCUCAGGACAAAAUAUAAUCUAUUUCACUUUUAGGGAACUCAAAAUUACUAGUGGUUCCAAACAUUAGCAACUCUUCUCUCAACUAUUGCCUUUGCAUAAAUUCACUGGUCCUGAAGGCAAUGGUCCUCCAGCUCUGGAUUUACUUUCUUGGUUAUUGAAGACUCCCCAUGCUCCCUUUUAAUUUGUUACACAUUUUUGUCUUCUUGAGGAUCUGAAUCUGCCUGGAGAAAGAUCUCUGGGGCCUGGAGUGGUGCCUUAUUCAUUUCUACUUCCCCAGUCCCUGUCACAUAAUCAGUGCUCUGUAAAUGUUCAGUGAAGACUUCGUUUUCUUAUUUAAAUGUUAUUUUAUUCCAUUAAGAUACUAUCAGUGUGGGGCUUCCCUGAUGGCGCAGUGGUUAAGUAUCCACCUGCCAAUGCAGGGGACACGGGUUCGAGCCCUGGUCCGGGAAGAUCCCACAUGCCGCAGAGCAACUAAGCCCGUGUGCCACAACUACUGAGCCUGCGCUCUAGAGCCCAUGAGCCACAACUACUGAGUCCACGUGCCACAAAUACUGAAGCCCGCGCGCCUAGAGCCCGUGCUCUGCAACAAGAGAAGCCACCACAAUGGGAAGCCCCCGCACCACAGCGAAGAGUAGCCCCUGCUCACCGCAACUAGAGAAAGCCCGUGUGCAUCAACAAAGACCCAACGCAGCCAAAAAAAUAAAAAUAAAAAAAAGAUACUAUCAGUGUGAAAUUAGGGACAAUUAAUUAAUUUUUUUUUUUGGCUGUGCCUCUCGCCUUGUGGGAUCUUAGUUCCCCAACCAGGGAUCGAACCCGUGCCCUCUGCAGUGGAAGUGUGGAAUCUUAACCCUGGACCGCCAGGGAAGUCCCUAAUUGGAAAAAAAUUUUCUUCUUUCUCAGGGAUUUUAUGUAAAAAUAUAUUGCACAUGGAUUAAAAAUAGUUAUUUGCUAUUAUUUCUCAAGACUGAAAAAUGUGGUUACCCUCAGUACCACUUUGUUUGGAUAAUGAAAAUUGAAGACAAACUAGUCCUAGAGGACUGGUUUAACCUAGAGGACUGGUUAAAUAAAUUAACUAUGGUAUAUUCCUACAGUGAUAUUAAAAAAUAUCCAAGAUUGGGACUUCCCUGGCGGUCCAGUGGUUAAGAAUCUGCCUUCCAAUGCAGGGGAUGCAGGUGCCGCCCCUGGUCGGGAACUAAGAUCCCACAUGCCGUGGAGCAACUAAGCCUGCAUGCCACAACUAGAGAAGCCCGUGUAGCGCAACGAAGAGCCCGUGCGCUGUAACAAAGACCCAGCGCAGCUAAAAUUGAAAAACAAACAAAAAAAGAAAUCCAUGAUCUUUGGUAAGAAAAGCACAGUGCAGACCAAGUAGAGCAUGAUUCAUUUUGCUGAAAGAAAAGGUAAUAUUGAGGAAAAAGUUUUCCUUGCUCCUCUUCAGGUCCUUGGCUGGAUCUGAAGAUUAAAUUGACAAAAACAAUUAACAGGAGAAAAGCAUACAAUUAAAAAAAAAUAAUAAAUUUAUUUAUUUAUUUGUAUUUGGCUGCUUUGGGUCUUCGUAGAGCGAAGAGCGAGGGCUUCUCUUCGUUGCGGUGCUCAGGCUUCUCAUUGCGGUGGCUUUUCUUGUGGAGCAUGGGCUCUAGGCGUGCGAGCUUCAGUAGAUGUGGCACAAGUGCUCACUCGUGGCUCGCAGGCUCUAGAGCACAGGCUCAGUAGUUUCUUAACCACUGCACCACCAGGGAAGUCCCUACAAAUUUAUUUAAUGUAAGUUUUUACGUGACAUGGGAGCCUUCAUAAGGAAAUGAAGACCAAAAGAAACAGUUAAGCCUGAGUAUUUUAAUGCUAGGUUAAAGGGUAGUAAUCUGGGGGGAAUUUAGCAAGACUUGCUCUUUAGAAUUCUCAGAGUCUCCUUGUCCUUGGAGAUGAUGCUCCUUUCCUCUCGGUAUACUAAGGGCAGCUCUCACUUGAGAGUUUUAUGACCUGUUUCAUGGGUGUGUGUGUGUGUGUUGGGCGUUGGGGGAGUGAGGAGGUCAGAAUGACUUUCCUGUUUUCUCAAACUCCUUCAGCUUAAAAUACUCAAUGUGGAGGUGCCAUAUUUUAGGAUGGCAUGUCCUGAACCCCAUCGCUAAGUAGCACAGUGAUGAAGAGAACGCCUCUUCUGGAGCCAAGCUGCCUGGGUUUGAAUCUCAGCUCCAUCACUUUCUGGCUUUGUGAUUUGAUUGAGGCUAUUUAAUUUUUUAUGCCUCAGUUUCUUUAUUUAUAAAAUGGAGAUAAAAAUAGAAUC